GAAGGCAGCUACAGGAAGUGCCAGAGUUGAAUUCUGAGUCGAAAACAUGUUCGUGAAAUUCCUCAGGUUCGACUCCUCUGCCCUUAUGGUAUAAGAGUGAGCGAAUAGGCUCUAGUGAUAGUAGGCUAAAUGACAAAGGCGCCUAGACACAGUUUGGGUAAGAGUGCAGACUAAGACGAAUGAGACGUAUAUGGACGUAAUUUUCACUUCUUUAGCUUAGAUAAGAAAGAGUGCAGCGUGUGUGAAACUCGAUGGAAAGGAAGGAGAGGAGGAAGAUAACUAGGAGGAGCUGAGGACGGAGCUGAGCAAUGUGGCAACUCUUCUGACAACGACAUCAGUUGAGUUGUGUUUGUAUCUCGGAGAAAGUGAUGGAGGGAGAGAAGGAGAGACAGAUGCAGCAGCGGGAGGAGAAAGAGAGUAAUGAAGCAGAAGAUGACAGGAGGAGUGAUGACGAUGCUGAUAUUGGAGAGGAGGAGGAUGAAGAUUCUGAGGGUGCAACGCUGGUCUGGCAGGAAGGCUAUGGUGAGGACAAUCUGGGCCUUCCCAUAAUGCACUGGGAGGCACUGAGCCUGCGCAUCGCUGAGCUGGAGAAGCAAGAAGAGGAGAAGAAGGAGAAAAAAGCAAAGAGUGGAAUUUCUCUGGAGCGAGGCAGAGCUGCAAUGAACUGGACAGAGGAGAGAGGCAGGAGAGCAGAGACCUGGGAGGAUGGAGACGACGCCUGCAACAGUCAUGUGCUGGCACUCACCUCCCGCCUGCAGACACAGAUGAAUCUUCAGCUCUGCUUCAUCAACAACAGUGAAAGUGAGGAGGAAGAGGAGGAGAGGGAAGGAGAUAUCAGCAUGAAGGGAAGCUCCAGCACAUGGAGAGGGACGGUUCAAACUCCUCAGAUUGCUUCCAAGCCAGAGAAACCAAAAUCCAGAGGCCUCAGGAACACUUUGAGGAACCUACGAGAUAGACUGAGAACAGAUCACAAAACACUGACUGCAGCUCGUAGUGAUCCUGUAGUCCAGAGGAGACAUUUGGAGCGCAGUGAUUUGCAAAGUCUCCCUAUGAAGGAGCUAAAUGCUCUUUGUACAUCUCUCAGCCAGGCCAUACAAGACCUGAGCUCAGAGCUAGUGGGCCUUCUCCAAGUCCGGGACCAGUUGAGGACAGAGCAGGAUGCCAUGCUGCUUGAGGUCCAGGAUCUGACAUCAUUAUGAAUCUGCUGAUCACUUCCAUCUCAAGUUCAUCAGUUGAGCAGUGAGGAGUGGUUAUGUCAGCAUUUGGACAAAUAUCACAGUCUGUGAACAUUGUUGUGAAUGAGAUUGUCCCACAGUGGCCCCCACAAACAUCUCAGUCUGACCAAAAUCUUAGCCCAACCAGACAAUUGUUGGUUGGUUGGUUUGUUUGAUCUAGGCAGUGAAUGGUAAAACAUAUUUUUAACACCCUACCUUCUUACUUGGAGUCACGUUAGAGAACCAACUAGACAAUCAGUUUCAUCUACACUAUGUCCACAACAUAUGCAGGUUUAGGUCAUUUUAAACCAGCUUACACCAAGAUUGGAAGAAGGGAGGAAAAAACUUCCAAAUGUGAGCAAGGACCAUCAAUUUCAAGUUGAGUCAUUGUAUAUGAGUGAAAAGAAGACUAUUUUUUACUUUUUCUGUUACUCACCUUUAUCUGACAGCUUUUGUUUUUACAGUUAUCUUACCCUGUGCCAAUGACUCAGAUAAUUCAUUCACUACAAGAUGUGGGGGGGAAAUGAUCUUUUAACAUCCUAAACAGACACUAAAGUAUUAACCUUUUAGUAAAAUAAAAUAAAUAAAGUAAAAUAGCAAUACUAUCUUAACAGAUAUACCAGUUGGUAAAGUGAGGUUAACAAAUGAGGCUUGUUAACACUGGGGCAAUGCUUUUUGUACAUUUUGCUGUGUUUAGCAUCUUUUCUAAAGGCUUAAAACUGCAAUAUAAAAGGGACUCAUGUUAAGAGGCUGCUAAUUCUUCUGAACAACCUGUCUUUGUUGUUUUCUUGGGUUUCAAGUGUAGUUUUUUUUUUUUUUUUUUUUUUUAAAUACAUGCUUGUCUUUUUGUAGGCUAAAGAUUUCCGUUAGAAGAACCCAGUUAGCUGGAGAAUUGAUAAUAAACAGGAUAAUAGCAACAUAUGGGACCCUGUUUAACUCCUUGUUUUAUCUAUCAAUUAAUGAUAAAACCUUCACCACCAGAAAAACAAAAACAAAAACAAUGAUUUAGAUUUAGUUAUUGUCUUGUUUUAAAAUGUACAUUGAAUGGACUGGAUAUUAUUUGAGUGCAACCACUGAUACUUUUUUUUAAUUUUGGUGGUGGAUUAAUUAUUUGGUUUACUUUGGAUAGCAGAUUGUGCCUUUAAAUAAAUAAAGUGCUAGUACAAUCCGUUCCAGAGAAGAAUGUGUGUGUGUGUUUUUACACUGAACAGAUUGAUGUUCUCUGUAUUACUAAGUGACUUUAUGUAUGCAUGCCUGGGUGGGUGUGUUUUUGGUUUUGUCAGUUUAAAAUUUUAAUCAGACUAUCCAACGGUUGCUGACCAAAAUUUCAUGAUUUUUAUACUGAGUAUAAAAUAUUUUUAUCACUGAUCUUUUGUCAGGUGCUGCUUUCACAGUCAUAUCAAAACAUAGAAAUAUCUAAAACUUACUGAGGACAUUUAUGCUUCUGUUUUAACAAUACAUACACAAUAAAAUUGUUCAUAUA